UUUACUUAAAAUAAUUUAUGAAAUGAAAUCGACACUACAUCUUCAACUAGAAAAAUCUUAUAAUCUGUAAAGCGCUUAGAGACGUCGAUCCGGUGUAUUAAGCGCUAUAAAAGCGGGGUUUAUCAUCAUUUGAAAACUAACUGCACUUAGAAUUAGAAGAAACGUUUUGUGUGCCUGAUCCCAUACGGUGGUUCUCCAGUCUUUCUUUCCAUAUUUACAUUUUGGCGAGCUGAGAAAAUAAUGGCUGCCUCAAAUCUGUUCACAGCUUUACCCGGUGGGGCAAAGUUUCCUCUUCUUGGAUUGGGGACAUGGCAGUCGGAGAAGGGAAAGGUGCGAGCCGCUGUCGAGACGGCCAUCGAGUGUGGAUAUCGUCACAUCGAUGCAGCGUACAUCUACUCCAAUGAGAGCGAGGUCGGCGAGGGAAUCAAAACAAAGAUGACCGACGGAACAAUCAAGAGAGAAGACCUCUUCGUAACCACGAAGCUGUGGAUCUCAGCUCAUAAACCAGACAAGGUUGAACCCUGCUGCCGAGAAUCAAUGAAAAAUCUUGGUCUCGAUUAUAUUGAUCUCUACUUGAUACAUUGGCCGAUGUCCCUUGUGGACGAUAAAGGCGUCUUUCCUUUAGGCGAGGACGGGAUGUUAAUAGGGAAUGAUUCUAUCGAUUAUGUUGAUGUAUGGAAGAGCAUGGAAUCUCUGGUUGAUAAGGGAUUAGUCCGAGCUAUUGGAGUUUGCAACUUCAACCAAUCUCAGAUUCAACGCGUUCUUGAUCUUCCGCCCCGGCACCCUAUAGCCAAUCUACAAGUUGAAUGUCAUCCACUGCUGGCACAAAAUGAAUUGAUUGAAUUAUGCAAGAAGCAUGGUAUCACUGUGACAGCGUACAGUCCUCUUGGGUCACCAGAACGACCGGGUAAAAGGACUCCCACCGACCCCGUAUUAAUGGAAGACAAAGUAGUCCUCGAUAUUGCUAAGAAAAGGGGCGUGUCUACUGCUCAGGUGCUGAUCAGAUACCAGAUCCAAAGGGGCGUGGUCGUCAUUCCAAAGAGUGUGACGUCAUCAAGAAUCCAGCAGAAUUUUGAGGCCCUCAAUUUUGAGUUGAGUAAAGAAGAGAUGCAAGCCCUCGUAGAUCUGAAUAGAGAUUACAGGUUUCUCGACUUUCCUAUGUCAAAGUCGCUGAAAUACUACCCAUUUUAACAAAGUGAUGAUACAGUUACACCACCGUAACCGAUAACGGGCAGGCUUGCAUGAUGUACCAUCGAUCGAUGUAGAAUAUGUGUGACUGUGACAUAUGGUCCUACAGUCCCACCGACCCCAAGGCCCCGUCUUACAAAGAGUUACGAUCGAUCCAAUCAAUCUCAAGAAUAUGGAAAUCCAUCCAUACCAUAAUUUUGUUUCCUACAGGAAAUUGAAAUCUCCUUAGUAAACAAAGAGAAUCACAUGGAAUCUUCAAGACACUGAUGAAUGCAUGAAUAUACAUCAUAAUCAUC